UAUGUCAAAACCCGAUAACAAAUUCGACCAUUUCUCGGAAAUAUUCUUCAAAUUUUCGCAUUAGGUACAAGAGCUAUUUGAUGGAGUUGGCACAGUUUGAGGAGCAUUGCAGCCUCUAGGCGGUGAUUGAGAGCAUGAAGAGGGUGGACGACGGUUCCAUCAUGCUGCCAACUCAAGAAGAAACAUUUAGCGAAAUGUCCAAGCGAAAUGCAAUCCUCCAGCAGGCUUUAGCCAGCUCAAUUAAAUAAAUACUAACCCAACAAAAUUGUGAACCGUCGAAACGAAAAGAAAAACGAAGAAACAGAAAAAAAACACAGAAAAACUCUCGAAAAAGAGGGAGCAAAGUUAUUUUGGUGAUAAAAGAAAACUUUGGACUUUUUGCUAAAACUGAAUUGAAUCAUAUUUUUUUUGUGUACCCGGUUUAAAUUAAAGCCGUCAAAAUUACGACGUAUCACCCACCCACGCCCAAAGUCAAACAGAACCCGGCCAAUAUGGACGCCACGUCCGGGCCGGGGGCGUUUGACGAUGAGCCACCGCCAGAGCCGAGAGAUGGUUGGCUACUGGUGCGCAUCCAUGUGCCAGAGCUGAAUGUCUACAAGUGUUUGCAGUUCCCAUCGGAGCGUCUAGUUUGGGAUGUCAAACAGCAGGUGUUAGCCUCAUUGCCAAAGGUGGCCUUUUGGUUUAAGGAACUCAAGGAGAGCUUCAACUAUGGUCUCUUUGCACCACCCUCCAAUGGCAAGGCUGGCAAAUUUCUAGAUGAGGAACGACGUCUGGGUGACUAUCCAUUCAAUGGACCAGUGGGCUAUCUCGAGCUCAAGUACAAACGUCGCGUUUACAAAAUGCUAACUCUAGAUGAACGUCAGUUGAAGGCUUUGCAUACGAGGGCCAAUCUCCGACGCUUUCUCGAAUGCAUCAAUGGGGGUCAAGUGGAGAAGAUUGCCAAAAUGUGUGCCAAAGGUUUGGAUCCGAAUUUCCAUUGCUCAGAGAGUGGGGAGACUCCGCUUAGUGUGGCAACGGGUGCCAAGAAGCCAAAUAAACUGCUCAUUGCCCUGGUCAAUGGUGGAGCUCUGUUGGAUUAUAGAACAAAAGAUGGAACCACAGCUCUGCAUCGAGCAGUCGAACACGAUUCCCUAGAGGCAGUCAGCACUCUGCUUGAGUUGGGUGCUUCACCUAAUUAUCGUGAUGGGCGUGGCAUAACGCCUCUAUAUAUCUCGAUAACCCGCAAAUGUGAGGCGAAAAUUACAGAAAGUUUGCUGCAUGAUCAUGCCACAUUGGGCAUACAGGAUACACAAGGCUGGAACGAGGUUCAUCAGGCCUGUCGUCAUGGCCUGGUUCAGCAUCUGGAACACUUGUUGUUCUACGGUGCUGAUAUGGAUGGACGCAAUGCGUCCGGUAAUACCCCGUUGCAUGUUUGCGCUGUUAACAACCAAGAGGCUUGUGCUAGAAUGCUUCUCUUUCGUGGCGCACAACGUGGCGCCCAGAAUUUUGCCAACCAAACUCCCUAUCAGGUUGCUGUCAUAGCUGGUAACUUGGAAUUAGCUGAAAUUAUUGAGAAUUACAAAUCGGAAGAUAUUGUACCCUUCCGCGGACCACCUCGCUACAAUCCCAAGCGUCGUUCGGGCAUUGGCUGGCUAAGUGCCAAUGGUUCAUCUAAUGUUGCUAUGUUAGCUGCGUCUGGCGGUGCUCUUGGUGGUGCUCAGACGGUGGUCACAAAUGGCAUUGCCAAUGGUGGCGGCAAUCUAAUGAUGAUGCCUCCCCAUCAUCUUGCCCUGCAUCCCCAAAUGCAACAACAACAACAUCAUCAUCAUCACCAUCUGAUGCACCACCAGCAGCACCAACAGCCGCAUCUACAGCAUCUGCAUGGACCGCCGUCGCCUUGUCCCUCGGAGCACAUGUUAGGUGCCUACAGUUCGGCCAGUUCGAGUCUAUCCGAGGGCUCAUCGGGACAUCGUUCGCAUGAGGAUGACAUCAGCAUUGUGACAGACAAAUCCCUGGGCGAUACCAGCGACAUUAUCAGUGACUCAUCGGGCGUUGGCACCAAUUCAGAUUCGGCUGCCUGUUCCAUUGGUCAUCCCAGCACUACGGUUGUAUGCAUGGAGCCUUAUGCCGGCCAAACUGUCGGCCAUAUACGUCUCCAGCCUGGCGAUGUCAUCGAAGUGGUGGGCAGCACCGAUUGCGGUCUGCUCGAGGGUUAUGUUCGAGGCACCAAUCAAUCGGGCUUCUUUCCCGCCGAUUGUGUGCAGGAGGUGAAUUUGAGGCAGAAGCACAUUACAAAUGUGAUGACUGCCAGCACGGGAAUGCCGGUGGCCCAUCAACAGUCGGUAGCGGGCGUCCAGCAGCAGCAGGCCUCGUCUUCUUCCUACCAGGGAUCACCGCAAUUGAGUUUGGGCGGACAUUCGGGCAGUUCGAGCACUUUGCUCCAGCAACCACAUCAAUCGCCCUCAUUGUCCAUGACCAGUAAUGGUUCCUGUCAACAACAGCAGCAGCAGCAGCAGCCACAUCAACUCUCAAACAAUGGAGGAGUUGGAAACGAUUUAAUCGUCAAUAACCACAAUUCCAUUGGGCAAUAUAGCAGCGCCACAGCUCCACGCAUCAAAAAGAGCGCCUACAAUGCUCCACGUUCGGUGGUCCUUCAUCGCGCCAAGCGCGGCUUUGGCUUCAUUUUGCGCGGAGCCAAGGCUAGCUCCCAGUUGAUGCAGUUGCGUCCAUCGGAACGUUUUCCGGCAUUGCAAUAUCUAGAUGAUGUGGAUCCCGGGGGUGUGGCCGAUAUGGCUGGCCUGAAACCAGGUGACUUUCUGCUGACCAUUAACGGGGAGGAUGUCAGCGCUGCUUCCCAUGAACAAGUGGUGGAGAUGAUUCGCUCGGCGGGUGCUCUGGUCAAUAUGACAGUGAUUUCACCACAAUUCCCACAUCAGAUGCAGGCUACGGCUCAAUAUCUGCCCAGUGGUGGUGGAGCAGCAGCUGCCACAGGAGUAGGAGGAGCCAGAGGUGCAGGUGGCAGUCAGCAUUUGUCCAGUGGUCCGAGUACACCGCAAAGUUCUCAUCGUCAGUGCGCCACAUUGCCACGCAAAAUGGCGGGAAGUCAUCUCAAUGGUGGUAGUGGUGCCUCCUCUGCAGGAGGCAGUGUUCGUAUGGCGCCGAUGCCACCGCGUCGUGAUCCCAAGACGACACUGAGUGUGGGUCGUGCUAGGGCCAAGUCCAUGGUGGCUGGUCUCGAGAACGGGGGCGAAAAGGAUCAGGAUGAUGUGCCCCACACCAAAUCCAACUCGGUGGAAUCCAUUGCCACGCCGACGCCGAAUCAUCAGCAAGCCAGUGGAGGACCUGGCACUCCAGUUCAAUUGCGCACGGCCAGCAUUAAGGCACGACCCACCUCGAGUCGGAUUACGGCUGCUGAGCUAGAGGAGCUCUUCCAGCGACAGCAGGGCGAGGGCAAUGCCUCGAAUGCCAAUCGUUAUGCCACCAUGAUGACCAGCUCACGCUUCCAGUCGGGCACGGACAGUGGAGCGGCUACUCCGCCAGCCACAAAUGGAUCGCCGAUGAGGACUGCUGGUCCCCUGGUCUAUGGCAGUGUGGCGGAAAUGAAGCGCAAGGCCGCCAGGAGUAAGCACGGUAGCGGCACAUUGCGUGGCAAGCCCGUGGCCACGCCCACAGUGGGUGGGGCAGGCGCAGGCGGUGUGGGAGGCGGUGGACGUGAUCUCAAACGUUUCCAUUCGACCCCUGAUCUGCAUGGAGCUCAACUGCAUGGCUCUUCGUCAUCCAUUUGGCAAGCUGUGGGCAAAGGUCAUCACUCGCAGGACGAUGUGGCCACGUUGCAUGCUUCACUGCAGCGCCUCAAUUUGGUGGACGGCAAAGCUGCUGGACCCGGAGCAAUCCUACCACCUCCGAAUCAUCCACCGCCGCCUCCUCCAGUUGGCCAAGUCGUCAAGGUGGAGACACGAAGCAGUGUCUCCGAAUACGAGAGCACCAUCUCGUUGCAGCAGAAACUAAAGAAGCGCACCGAGAACGAUGCCGUCACCUCGGCGGCCAUUGAUGGAGUCCAGAGCAGUUUCAAUCCCUCGGCCAAUGCCAAAAUCUAUGCAUCACCGCAGGAACUGCGCAACGUGAUGGCCUGGAAAUUGCGUCAGGGACAGGAUAAGAAUCUGUCCGAAGUGCCAACUAAUGCCCACCCCCAGCAGCAGCAGCAGCCGCAGCAGCAUCCAACAAUUAGUCAGUAUGCUGCUCCCACUCAGAUACGAGCUGCCCCCACUCCACUUGCCUCGCAUUACGCGGCGCCUCAAGUUCAACAGCAACCACAGCCGCAGGCUCCGAUUCAGCAACAGCAGCAGCAACCGGCUCCACAGUCGCCUCCAGCACCACCGCCGCCAGCACCAGCCCCACCAGCACCAUCGGCUCCAGUUCAAAAUGGUUCCAGCGUCGCCGUCGCCUCCAGUGGUUCAGCUCCACCCAUACCCGAGCCGGACUACAGUUGCAGCGAAUCCGAUGGGGAGGAUGAGAAUUCCAUUCUUGUGGCACGGAAUACCAAGUUAAAUGAGAAAAUUGCCCUCUUCGAUGUGCCAGAGACCAGCGGCAAUAGUCAGGCCAGUGGCAGCAGCUCGAAUUCGGGCAGUGCUUCGAUAUCGCAUUCCUUGUCCGUUGAGGAAAUUCAACGCAUUCGAAGUAAUCUAAAGACCUCGAAAUCUUCACCCAAUGGCUUCAAUCCCAAGAAGGAUGAUGUGGAACAGCAGCCACAACUGCUGCAACCCCCGGAAGAUGAGUGCGAUAACAGCAGCUCGGGUGUUAGCAGUGAUCAGGAACAUUUACUGGCCUCCGGCAUGGCCAGCAAACCCACUGAUACCAUCAAGAAAAAGCCAUCAGUCACCAUUGUCGAAGAGCCGAAGACCAUACCAGAUCAUCAUCCAGCUGCGGUCCAGGUAACCACCACCACCAAACCCAUGGCCAAAACCACAAUAAGCAUAGGUGGUGGUAAUGCUCCGGUGACAAUGAACAAUAGUAAUCAUAGCAUUAAUGUGGCCAAUGCGGCGGCUGCCUAUGAGGCGGCUGCUACCAAAUCCUCAUUGCCAAUCAAUAACAAUGUCAACAACACCACCAAUCACAACAACAACACAACAAACACACCACUAGCAGCAGCAGCAGCAGCAGCAGUAGCCACAUCAACAACCACGCUGACUGUUAAGCAACUUGUACAGCAGCAACAUGCUCCAGUUAUCCAGCAACAGCAGCAACAACUGAGCUCAAAACCAGUCCAGAGCAAUCUCAAAGCAUUGCCCAAUCAGAGUCAAUCAGUGUUGAGUCCCCAGGUCUUGGGACGUAUACCCAAUGUCCAUCAUCAUCAGCAGCAAUUACAAAUGCAACAACAACAACAACAGCAGCAACAACAAUUGAAUCCAAAUCAAAAGCUAAUAGCCACCCAACAACAGAUAUUGCAGCAACAGCAGCAACAACUGGCCCAUCAGCAACAUUUGCAACAAAUCCUUAAAGCCAAGGCAGCAGCUGCCGGAGGAGCCAGCAAUACGGCCGCUCUGGUGGCCAAGCAGCAGCAACAACUGCACAAAGCCGGCAGUGGCCACGACUCCGAGUUGGAGCAACGUUCCGACUUGGAGGAUGAUGAUGGGGAACUUAGUCCAUCGCCUCCUGCAAAGGCAUUCCAACGACACAAUUCGCUAACACGCAAACAAGCGGCGGCCAUUGCCAUGCAGCGGGGUGUAACCCGCAAUCCGGCCGUAUCGCUGAUGCAAUUGCCGCCUCCACUCGAAAACGACAGCGAUGGUGAGCAGCAGCAGCAGCAGCAACAGCAACAGCAGCAGCUGCAGCAGCAGCAAUCACAGCAACAACAGAUGGCCACGCAUAUUGUGGGCAUGUUGCCCAGCGGCCAAUUGGUGGCUGUGCCAUCUGGCGCUGUUGCCGGUGCUGUUGCUGUUGCUGCUACUGGUCCUGGUGCUGGUGGAGCGACUGUGGCGCAGCCGGGCAACAACAAUUUGCAAUUGUGCACUGAGAAUAUUGUUCUGGCACCGCCGCCACAAUUCUGCGAUUGUAAUGAUGCCCAGCACGCGCCACAGCCGCAUAUGCCGGCCCAAUAUACGCAUACCCAACAGCAGCAGCAAUUGCAACAGAAACAACGCCAUCAGCAACUGUUGCAGCUGCAAGCCCAACAGCAGCAGCAACAACAACAACAUCAGCAGCAGCAACAGCAUCAUCAACAGCAACAUCUUCAACAGCAACAUCUUCAGCAGCAACAGCAACAACAGCUCCAUCAACGUUUGUCUGGCGGUGCUGGGGCUGGAGCCGUUGGCACAUUGGGCCGUGUGCGAAUUGUGGGUGCCAUGCCCAAGGCCAAUCACCAUAGAUUGCAUUAAGCGAUCGGAAUGAAUCGGAGAUAUCUACAUACAUAAGUGAGAGAAGGAAAUCUAGAAACCAUUUGCCAAAUCGUCGUUAAAUCGUUUAAAAUAUACAUACAUAGUGUUAGUUCUCAACAGUCAUUGCCAUUCACAACGAAUAGCUGCGCGCACUUGAAAAAGAAAAAGAAAUACAACAACAAAAGAAACAAAAACAUUUAGCAAAU